UCCCCAGAUUAUGAACAUCUCCUCAGACAUCACUGUGAAUGAAGGAAGUAGCGUGACCCUCCUGUGUCUUGCUAUUGGCAGACCAGAACCCACCGUGACAUGGAGACACUUGUCAGUCAAGGAAGGUCAAGGCUUUGUGAGCGAGGAUGAGUAUCUGGAGAUCUCUGGCAUCACGCGGGACCAGUCUGGGGAGUAUGAAUGCAGCGCCUUGAAUGAUGUUGCUGCCCCAGAUGUCCGGAAAGUAAAAAUCACCGUAAACUAUCCUCCCUAUAUCUCAAAUGCCAAGAACACUGGAGUGUCACUGGGUCAGAAAGGCAUUCUCAGAUGUGAAGCUUCUGCUGUUCCCCUGGCUGAAUUCCAGUGGUUCAAGGAGGAAACCAGGUUAGCCACAGGCCUGGAUGGAGUAAGAAUCGAGAAUAAAGGCCGCAUGUCCACACUGACUUUCUUCAAUGUUUCAGAAAAGGAUUAUGGGAACUACACUUGUGUGGCAACAAACAAGCUUGGGAAUACAAAUGCCAGCAUCACAUUGUAUGGGCCUGGAGCAGUCAUUGAUGGGGUAAGCUCUGCCUCCAGAGCACUGGCAUGCCUCUGGCUAUCGGGGACCCUCUUUGUCCACUUCUUCAUCAAGUUUUGAUGAGAAACCCUAGGGUCCUCUGAGCGACGCCUGGCUUCUCCAUACCACAGACUUUACUCUUCUACACUGCGGAGGGCAAACCAGUUUUGUUUUGUUUUUGUUUUUCAGCUUGAAUGAGUGGGGAUGGGGGGAGGGGGUGGGAAGGGUUCUGCAAUGUGUAGGAUAAUCAAUCAUGGGUGUGUUCAAAAAUUGAAUCUGUUUCUUCUCCCUUAGCCCUACCUUCUCCUCUGCCCUUCUCCCCAUUGUCUUCCCCAUGACUUCUGUUUUGGAAAAAAAAAAAAAAAGUCUGUUUCAACUGAACCCAGAAAUGCCCCAGAGAUGCACCUCGGUUCAUGAAAUAGUGCACGACAAGAAUUACAUCAGAGAGUCCUAGUGUCUGUGUCUUUUAAGCUAACAAAUCACCCUUUUUUGUUAUGCUGUACAAAUGACUCCAUGUUAUGUGUCUGAUGACAUUGGGUUUGUCUCUCCCAUCAGGGUGGAUUUUUAAUAUAUGUACACGUAUUAUAUAUAUAUUAUUCUACCACGUCCUCUUGGCACUGUACUCUACCCAUCACCUCAGAUACCUGCAGCAAAUAGAGGUGUGGGGCCAAGGGGACUGUGAAACCCAAUUAAAGUAGAAGCUCGUCUGAUAAGGGAGAGAGAAAAUCUCUGGAGUGUGGGAAACUGGAGAUCAGCGGAUGGGAAGAGAAAAGGUUGGGGGACUGAGUUUCUUCUUUAAAAAUUCCUGGCUGGUCGAUAUAUAUAAAAAAAAAAAAAGGAUAAAUCGGUGGCUGAUUCAUUGGGUCUUAUCUAGCUAUCAAUCAGAGCAAUCCUAUGACUAUCCAUCUACUCAACUUGUCUGGUCUAUCCAUCCAUCCAAUUAUCUACCCACCUGUCUUUCUCUCUAACAAUCUAUUUACUCUAUUUAUCAAUCUAUCAGUGUAAUUAUCUACAUUUCUCUCCAAGUCUCUCCCUCUCUACUCUUACUCAUCUAUCACUAUAAUCAUCUCUAAUCACCUAGUGUCUGUCUUUCUUCUCAUUUCUUUUUCAAAUCAACCUACCCUAAAAAAAAAAAUGUUUUCCCAGUUACAUAUCAACUUUGCAUGUGAAAGCCAAUAUUCUCAGAUUAACCAGAAAGAUAAGCAAUAUCCAAUCACGUGGACAUUUGAGAAUGUGGCGUCCCAUUCACCAAAAGUAGGCUAUGAUAGCCCACGAGGUCAAGUAGGAAUUCAUCACUACACACUAAAGCAUUCUCUUCUCUAGACACAGAUGAGUCCCAUGAGUACCUUAACUAACUAGCAUGAUGUUUACCUUUGGGAUUUGAAUGACCAAGAUGCCAGUCAUCAGAAAUACAUGUGCUUUUCUACCUUUCAAGGAAGCACACAUUAUGAUCCUAUUUGAGCAAAUCCAGGGCAUAUAUAUUCCCUAUCAAAAUAAAAAAAUGAAAAUAAAACAACAUAUACAAGACACUGGCCUUCUGCAAUGUGAACAUAUCAUUCAGUCAGUCUGAACUUUAGCACCUCAGUUAGUGUCUCCAAUCUGCUCCAGUCUGGGUUUGGCCUGUUUGAAAACUAUCCAGUUAAAAGCUGAUAGAGUCCAAUUACAGGGCUGGUGUGUCGACAGCGCUCAUAUUUGUUUCGGAAGCUCUUCUGAGCAGAGGGCACUUGAGCGACUGACUUAAUUUCCAAGCACUUGAUUAACCUAACACUGCAAACAGAAGGGGAAAAUAUGUGUCACACACAUUUACUCUUUUGGUGGGGCUUCUCUCUCCAGUGGUUUUGAGCAAGUCUAGCACCAUCUCCCUUUUCUCUAUGUUGUUGCUGACCCAGAUUCCACGCAAGAGAUGAACUUUCAUAUCUGUACUUUCUUGGGGCAUCUCCUGGGGCAAUCAGGAUUUGGCCAUCCUGUGUGCCAGUGGACCAAAAAUGAUUGCAAUAAAAAUGACCCUGGGUUAGAUCUCUCUUUACAUACUUAAGGUACUGCCAAGAGAGACAUGCAAGUCGCCAGCAUUGGCAUCCUCCCACUCAUUCCCUGACCUAGUGUGCUAUAUAAUGCUAGCAGCCUAACUGAAAAAAAGGGGGGGCUGUUCUUAAGGCAUAUUAUCUUGAAUGCUCUUAAUGUUGAAUAUUU